AUGCCUGCUCCGGGACUCACCAACCUUGCAACACUAGGCAUGAUAGCCUUGAAAUCCUUCCAGAUUGUGGCAACUGCAGAGAUAGUUGAUGAGCGGGUUUCUCAAACUCAAUCCAGCCUCCAGAAUCAGUAUGAGCGGCUGCAGAUUUGGGCGGCAGACGUCGAACUCCUACGCCAGGAUCAUGGUUCCCUUCAUUAUCGACUCCGCGAGGCCGAAAAUCUAGCACAAACCGUCGAAGGAUUUCUGGAAAAUUUAUCCCUGUAUCUACGAGACGCACUCGAGCUUGUACUCGCCGAGAAGAGUUCAUGGAGGCGUCAACGAGGCGGUAUGGUGCCUAGCCGUGCUAACCAUAAAACCACAUUUGCACAAGAUGAUGACAUUGAGGUCCCAGUUCUUGAGGACGACGAAGAGGACGACGAAGAGGACGACGAAGAGGACGACGAAGAGGACGACGAAGAGGACUUGGAUCCCCAUACCCUUAUGAAGUUGAUACUGGCAAGCAUCACGGACACCCUUGAUGGGCUGUUCACAUUGUCUACAAGUAUCAGACAUGCAGCUGAAAGACUGGGAUCUUCCAAGGUAGAGCUCCAACAAACCGACAGUGAUCUCAUCGAUCCUUUCAAUCAUGGAAAUCAUUUCGGUCAUGUUCUGUCUGUAUUUUGGGAGUUUCAGUCGAGGAUGCCCUACAAAUCGCGUACAGAAGGCCUUGGUUGUUGUGGUCCGACAGCAUGUGAAUCAGACGUCGGGCAUCUCGAUGAGAAAUGCUUGCUCAGUCAAACCUUCCAGUCUGCCGAUUCGGACGUCAAAUAUCAGCAGUCUGCCCGCCUGCAGAGACAUGCCCUCAGACAUCGAAUUGCACGUGCCAACAACCGACGCCGAACACGGUUUGCUGACCGCGAACAGUCUCGACAGUAUCUCGCCGAAGACACAAAGAAAAUAGCCCAACACGAGGCUCACAGAAGGUCUUACCUGAAAUUUCUAUGCUCGCUAACAUCUCCGACCAUAACCUUUGAUCGGAAGUCUCUUGCGGAACGUGCUCCUCCUAGUUGGGAGCUGGUGCCCCUUAGGCAAGAAGUGCCGACUGCUCUACGAGGCGGGGAGGCCUCCACAGGCAAGGCUGUUGAGGGGCCUGACCGGAGACUUUCAGAUUUCCUACUAGCAUCUCCGACCAUGGCCUUGGAUACAAUAUCUCUCUUGGAAUAUGCUCCUCCAAGCGGGGCCAUGCAACCCGGACACGUCCAAUUUCCCCCGCCGCCAAAGACAUCGCCAUUGGACGAGUUCUUCCAAUGUCCUUACUGCUUUGCCAUCUGUCCCAGGCAAAUACUUUCCGAGAAAGCAUGGAGUGUGAAUUUCUCCGCAGACGGGAAGUACCUUGUCGUAGGCGGCUGUGGGAGCGCCAGGAUCUUCGACCUCGAUGACAUUGACAUGUUGAACGUAUUGGGAUGGGAGCACGACUUCGAAGUGUACGUGCGUUCAGCGAGCCUCUCACCAGAUAGUCAACUUGUCACUACCGGAGUGGAAAAUGGCACCGUUCGUCUCUGGGAGUUGGGAACCCAGACCGCCGAAGAGAUACGGCUGCAUUAUGCCCAUGGUGCAUAUAGAGCAGCAAACUCCAGCUGCUAUAGAUGGGUUGCACUAGCGGCUGGUAACGGGGCGGUGCUCAUGGAAUCAGAUCCUAUACCUAGGUAG